AUGUCGCGAUCUCUACCAAAGAAGAACAACCCGCUGAUCCUCACCGAUGCGGCUCCGCCAUGUAAGUUUCAACCAGAGGCGCGUGUGGUCGCGCGACCGCGCAUGUACCCAUUAGCCCCGUCCUGUCGUGCACCCGAAACCCCGUCACCACAGUCGCUAAUCCAUCUCCUUUUGUUGCUUGCGACUGCAGAUGAGGAUCUUCUUGCGCGCCGUCGUCUCGGCAAGACCAACCUUUCCGUCAAGCCUACCCAAAUCGGCACCUCGAAUGCGACCAAGCCCGAAAACCUAGGGCUGUUCGAGUACGCCCACCUCCGGGCGCCUCUGCCUAAGGACUUGCAGGGCUCGGAGAUCUUCCCAUCACACACUCCCGCACAGCACCCCGAGACUUACUUUUUGAUGCGGAGGAGUAAGGAUGGCUUCGUUAGCGCAACGGGAAUGUUCAAGAUCGCAUUCCCUUGGGCCAAGACUGAAGAGGAGAAGAAUGAGAGAGAGUAUCUGAAGUCGCGCGAGUACACAAGCCAGGAAGAGGUUGCUGGCAAUGUCUGGAUUUCUCCUGAAUUUGCGCUGGAGCUUUCCAGGGAAUACAAGAUGUACGAUUGGGUCCGGGCCUUGUUGGAUCCUACCGAUAUCGUCCAGAGCCCCACGAGCGCGAAGAAGCAGAUCACUCCUCCACCAAAGUUCGAACUGCCCAUGGAUGAGCCAACUUCGCUCCGCCGGAGCCGCCGGUCAGUCUCACCGAGCAAGAAGUCUACUUCUCCUCGCAAGUCCCGGACAGCCCGCUCUGCCAAGGACGUCUUGAGCACACCCUCCACAGCCGCUGCCAACAGCAACCUACAAGAGGCUCUUGAGAUCACCGCUUCAAUGGAGGCUACUACGAACAGCCCUAUUCGUCCUGUUGCGGUCGAAGAGGUUGAAGUGAAGGAAGUCACGGUGCAAGGAUCACCGGAGAAGAAGAAGGGACGCAAGUCUAAGAAGGCCGCCGCGGAGACUGAGGAGGCCAAGGAAGAGGAAGAAGAGGACCAGAAGGACAAGAAGAAGGCUGAAAAGAAGGAGAAGAAGAAGACUGAGAAGACCGAGAAGAAAAAGAAGGACACCAAGGCAGAGACGGAGAUUGAAGUCUCGCCUGCUGCCCCGGUUACGGACGACACCCCAAAGACCACUCUUACUCUCGAUAUGCCCAUCCUUCUUCCAGAGGUGCCAUCGGCGGCCGAGACCCAGGAAAUGAUCGCCAAGGCCAAGGAAAUGGUGGAGGAUGCCAUCAUGAGCCAGGCCGACGGCACAGCACCAGAGUCAUCAUCAGUCAAGGUGACCAAGAAGCGCAAGCCCGUUGAAGAAGAUGAGGACGAGGAGACCGCAGCCGAGGCUGCUCAACGGGCCAAGAAGGCCAAGGUGCUAGAGGAGAAGUUGAAGCGCGAGCGUGUGCGCAACCGCGCUCUCUUUGGUGUCUCGGCAGCCUUUGCUCUUGCUGCAUCCAUUCCUUAUUUCUUCUAG